UCCACUUUCUAGGCUCUCCCUCUCUCUGCUUCUCUCCCUCAGUCUCUUCUUCUCUGCAACACACGCACAGACCACACACGCAGACACCACACACGCAGACCACACACGCACACACCACACACGCAGUCUCUCCUUCUCUCCCUCAGUCUCUCCGUCGUCCGUCCAUCCUUCUCCCUCAGCCUCGAUCUCGAUCCUUCUCUCCCUCAGUCUCUCCGUCCGUCUAUCCUUCUCCCUCAGCCUCGAUCUCGAUCCUUCUCCCUCAGUCUCUCCGUCCAUCCUUCUCCUUCAGUCUCUCAAUCCUUCUUCUUCUCCCUCAGUCUCUCGAUCCUUCUUCGGUUCUCCCCCCAUCAAAUCUGAGCGGGUUUUGGGAUCCGAAGAAAGGGAUUGCUCAUUUUCAGGGUCUGAGCGUGGAUUGCUCAUUUUCGGCUGCCGUUGCGACGACGACGGAGGAUCCUCGGCGAUAUUAUGGCUAAUAUCGCGAUAAUAUCGCUAAUAUCAUAUCGUGAUAUUAGCGAUAUUAUCGCGAUAUUAUUACGAUACUUAACUGUAAACAUUGAAAAUAUCGUUAUAUGAAAAUAACGAUAUUAUCGACGAUAUUUCGUCGAUAAUAUCGAUAUUUAAAUCCUUGAUGAGAAGCAAAAAGAAGUAAAGGGAGAGAGCAUCCUAAAAUUAAAUGCAGAGAAAGAAAGAGAGAGAGAGAGAGAGAGGAGAAAACUUGAAAUCUGGAAAUGGAUUCGCACAGCAACAAAGAAGCAGUUCAAGCAACAAACGACGACGCCUCGGCCAGCAAACUGUCGUGCGUGAAGAAAGGGUACAUGAAAGACGAUUAUGUCCAUUUGUUUGUGAGAAGACCUGUGAGAAGAUCUCCGAUUAUUAACCGCGGUUACUUUGCACGUUGGGCCGCUCUGCGGAAGCUUCUAAAUCAGUUUCUUGAUGCCGGAGGAAAUGGUGGCGAAAAGGGUCAUUUGAAGAAGCAGAUAUUAUCACUUGGAGCUGGCUUUGAUACAACAUAUUUUCAGCUGCAGGAUGAGGGGAGAGCACCAUAUUUAUAUGUUGAGCUGGAUUUUAAGGAGGUAACUAGUAAGAAGGCCACACUUAUUGAAACGUGCAGUCAUUUGAGGGACAAAAUUAGUGCAACAGCAUCAAUCUCUCGAGAAAGUGGAGAAGUGCUCAGUGACCACUACAAGCUACUUCCUGUUGAUUUGCGUGACAUACCAAAACUAGACAAUGUUAUAGCUUUAGCUGGUAUGAAUCCGAGCCUUCCAACUUUUAUAAUUGCAGAAUGCGUUUUGAUAUACUUGGAUCCAGAUUCAAGUCGUUCCAUAGUUAGAUGGACAGCAAAAGCAUUUUCUACAGCGGUAUUUUUCUUAUAUGAGCAGAUUCAUCCGGAUGAUGCUUUUGGGCAGCAGAUGAUCAGAAACUUGGAGAGUCGAGGCUGUGCGCUCUUGGGCAUACAUGAUACACCAACAUUACAGGCAAAGGAAAACCUUUUUGUUGACCAAGGAUGGCAGAGGGCUGUUGCCUGGGACAUGCUUAAAGUGUACAGUGAUUUUGUUGAAGCUCAAGAAAGACGCAGGAUUGAACGAUUGGAAUUGUUUGAUGAAUUUGAAGAAUGGCAUAUGAUGCAGGAGCACUACUGCGUAGCUUAUGCAAUCAAUGAUGCACUGGGUCUGUUCGGUGAUUUUGGGUUUCUUAACAACAACCACGUCCACCAGCAGCCUCAGCCGCACGUGCUCAACCCCUCCUCGUCAGCAUCACCAUGAAAACACGAGAGACUAGACCAUACUGUCAUGCCAUUACCCAGUCUGGUUAAACAAAUGCAUCAAAGGAGCCCAUCAGAUUGCGCGUGGCGGCCCAACUUCCGGGAUGGGGAGGUCUGUCUGGCUAAACAGAUGGUCUCUCUAAGGAUGUGAAGUCUCAACUAUUAGUUACUCUUUCAGGGUAUAAUAUCCAAAAAGGAUGAUGAGCCAUCUAUCUUCGUGUGUUAGUAUUGUUUUGACUCGAAAGAAAAUAGAUCCUUUUUGGUUGU